CGCUGUAGUGUUUCAGUUUGUCUUGACAGAGGUCAGAAACCCAGUGUGGAGGAAAGGAUGUGGGUAUGCUGACAUCUGCAAGCCAGAGGUUUGAGUGUGAGAAGACCGCAGCCAGGCUGACAGACAACGGCCUCAACUCUCUCGAAGUAACUCCGAGACAUGUAACUUGUUGCGAAGAGGCUUGUGUCCUGUAAGGGCACCUUGAAGCUCAGCCUGUCACUGUCCUUCCUUGGUGGUUCCUGUCAUGAGGGGGCGUGUUUCUCGAAAGCUGGGCUUGCUGGCCAAGGCUGGUUUCCUCCUGUGGGUGCUGUGGCUUGGCUAUCUGCUGUUGGAGCGCUCCUCUUUCCCUUUCUCUUCCUCUGUGGAGGAUGAGGUUAAAGACCAAAAUCUUAAGGAACGACAGCUGGUCUCAGAGGAGAGUGGGAAUGAUGAGCAGCUGGCUAGGCCUCUGUACAUUAAACCACCACCAGACAACAAUGCACCAGGGGAGUGGGGCCGGACCACACACCUCAACCUGAGCCCUGAAGAAAAGAAGCAGGAGCAGGACAGUGUGGAGCACUACGCCAUCAAUAUUUAUGUCAGCGACAAGAUCUCCCUCCAUCGGCACAUCCAGGACCACAGGAUGAAAGAAUGCCGAAGUAAGAAGUUUGACUACCGACAUUUACCUACCACCUCUGUGAUCAUAGCCUUCUACAACGAGGCCUGGUCCACCCUGCUGAGGACCAUUCACAGCGUGCUGGAAGCCACGCCUGCCGUCCUCUUGAAAGAGAUCAUCCUCGUCGAUGACUUCAGUGACCGAGGCUACCUGAAAUCCAAGCUAGCCGACUACAUCAGUGAUCUGCAACGUGUGCGUCUUAUCCGCACCAACAAAAGGGAGGGGCUGGUUCGUGCACGUCUCAUUGGCGCCACCUAUGCCACCGGUGACGUGCUGACAUUUCUUGACUGCCACUGUGAGUGUGUUCCUGGCUGGAUUGAGCCUCUGUUGGAAAGGAUUUCUGAGAAUGCGAGUACCAUCGUGUGCCCUGUGAUCGACACCAUCGACUGGAACACGUUUGAGUUUUACAUGCAAACAGAUGAGCCAAUGAUCGGAGGAUUUGACUGGAGACUCACCUUUCAGUGGCACUCUGUCCCUGAAAUGGAACGCAAGAGGCGCAAGUCUCGCAUCGACCCCAUCAGGUCUCCUACUAUGGCUGGGGGAUUAUUUGCUGUUAGCAAGGCCUACUUUGAGUAUCUGGGCACGUAUGACAUGGGCAUGGAUGUGUGGGGAGGAGAAAACCUGGAGCUCUCUUUCAGGGUGUGGCAGUGUGGGGGCAGCCUGGAGAUUCAUCCCUGCUCGCACGUGGGACAUGUGUUCCCUAAAAAAGCCCCUUACGCGCGGCCCAACUUCCUCCAGAAUACUGUCCGAGCUGCAGAGGUCUGGAUGGACUCUUACAAAAAGCACUUCUACAACAGGAACCCUCCAGCCAGAAAGGAGAAAUAUGGGAAUAUUUCAGAACGGCUACUUUUGAGGGAGAAGCUGAAAUGCAACAGCUUUGAGUGGUAUCUGAAGAACAUCUAUCCUGAACUACAUGUACCCGAGGACAGGGAGGGCUGGCACGGGGCUGUGCGUAGCUCAGGAAUACAUUCAGAGUGCCUUGACUACAACGCUCCAGAGCACAGUCCCACAGGUUCCCAGAUUUCUCUUUUCGGCUGCCACGGCCAAGGAGGCAACCAGUACUUUGAAUACACAUCUCAAAAGGAGAUCCGUUUCAACUCUGUGACAGAGCUGUGUGCCGAAGUACUGGAAGGACAGACCUCCAUCGGAAUGAGGCACUGCCCUCGUGAUGAGGAAGUCAGACCUCCCAGUCUCAUCUGGGAGUUCAAAGAGGACAGGACCAUCUAUCAUCCACACUCAGACAUGUGCGUGACAGCCUACCGCACAACGACGGGCCGCACGGAUGCCCAGAUGAGGCGCUGCGUCCCAGGGGACAAAACCCAGCAGUGGAAGUUUGAGUGGUAGUGGGAGGAAGCUAGAUAGUAGCAGGGAACCUUAAGUGGCCUUCCGUGACCACAGUGCAAAUACUGUAGCGGAGGUAUGACCCCCGCUGCUCCCAUUUCUGUUACUUUUCAAGUCUGCACUGAAUGGAAAUGGGGGGGAAAAAAAGAAAAAAAAGAGGUGUUGGAGAAAGUCACUUUAAGCCAAUGACUCACCCAGUCCAGUGCUUUUAAACCUUUGUGAAUACCUACAGAGGUGAGGUCUUUUUUUAAAGAACACCAGCUGAAUUUAAGACUUUUUUUGUUGUUGUUGUUUUCAUCCAAGUGCCUCUACAGCCAGAGUGGAGUACACAGCACACCUGAAGUGUCAUUGCCGUCUCGGGGUUUUGCAACAACUUGAAAGCAGCGAGAUGUGUAGCACACGAAGCAGUGCCUUCAAAGAGAUUAAAGCCAGUUUCUUGAUCGGAAACAUGAUCGGAAAAUCACCAUGCACUAUAGAAUAAUGCCUUAAAGUGCAAUUAAUAUUGAUUACUUUUAUUAUGUCCUCAUAUUUGUUUUUAAAAAAAUUGUGAAAAAACAGGCUGCUGGAAAACGAUGGAUUAGGAAUGUAAGGUCGGCAGCAUUUUGCCCCAAACCCGCUGCUUCCUAACGUGCUCCAUCAUGUGAGAGGAAGGAGCUGUGGUCAUACUAGACUGCCUCUCAAUUCUAGCUUUUGUCUAUGGAGCUAGUUUCGUGGUAGAAUCCCUUCUGAAUGAGAUUGGAAGUAUUUAUUAAAGUGUAUUUUGCCUCAGAUGGUUUAUCAAGUUGACACGGAUGUUGUGAUCUAUUCUCCCCUGUUGUGUUAAAUUAAGAAUACCCUCUAAACCCAUCUGUCACUUUGCUUUUGAGAACCUGUCAUCCCUCACAAACCCGUGCGUGCCGAAAUGAAAUGUGCCAGUGCCAGCGUAUUUAUUUAGAGCUUUUUCAAUUCUAUAAAACUACAAACAACACUCACUAGAGCCUGUUUUUUGUUUAGUCACAAGAAUCCUUAAAGGGAGCAGCUCUGUGCCAGUUUUCUUAAGAGUCUUGUGUGUAAGCUGUACUUGAAACUACAUCAAAAACACUCCUGUUAGGCUUUCUUUUCUUCUUUUUUUCCACUCAAGACCACAUUAGUGUUUCUACUGGGAUCAAAGGACCAAGAGAUUCAGUGAAACUGUUGGUAAAAUGACUGGUGAAUAGCAUUUUUUUGCUAUUCAUUCCCACUGAAUUACAUUUGGUCUCAAUGGCAAUUUGAAUUUAUGAAUAUGUGAUAUUCAAACAAGUUGAUAAAUUGUGAGAUGACUCCUUUUGUGUGUUAGCUUUGUAAAUAAUGCUUGGUUAAAGGGACCAGUAAAAACUACUGAUGAGGCAAAAGGGAAGUUGAUUACUUGAUAUGAAGAAGAGGUUGGACUGUUGCGGAUGGGGAAGGAUUUUUCUAAAUAAAAUGACUGCUGGGAUGAUUGAAAGAAUAAAAGACUAACCACAAACA